CUACUUUUCUUCUUCCCCUUCUCAGAAAUUUUUUUUACUAAUCCUUUUUUGUAUAGAAAAUUUGUGUUUUGCUUUAACAAGAAGCAAGAGGAGCCUUAUCUAGAAACUUGACAUUUAUGGAGUCUCUGACGACCAAAUCCUCCACCGCGAGGAGCGUUGAGCUACCGCCUCGCCGUGGAAAGGUGAAGCGAGAGAUCUUUGGUUUCUUAGCCAAUUCCAUCGUUUCCAUGAUGAAAGCCGGUGGAGCGUUUGGGAGGAACUCCGGAGGUGGUGGUGGUGGCUCUUCUUCCUCCACCACCACUCCUCCAGGGAGUGGCUACACCUCCGAACAAAACAACGAAUCCACUUAAACAACAAACAGACAUAAAGACAUAAUUACGAAAGUGCCACCACCAUGGCACCCUUGAGAGAAAACUGAGUGGUUCUGUUCGUUUUUGAAAACAGAACGCUACUUUUUUCUCCAAGUCCGGUUCGGUUUUAUGGUGGUUUGUUUUCUUAUGUGUGGUACGACCCGUUUUAACUUCUUUUUUUUGGUGGGUUAAACUGGGGAAUACGUAUUGGUGUAAUUAAUUUGCUUUUGAUUAUGUUGUAAACAAAAAUAUCUCCCUAAUUUGUUGUUUCUACGUGUUUUUGAAGUGGAGUAAUGAUGUCCUCUGGGAGAUAUUUUUGUUUUGGUUUGCUUUGGUUUGGAUUUAAUUAUGUAAUGUGUAUGCUUUAAAUGUCUGUUUGUAUCUUAAAUGCAAUGUAUAAUUAAGUGUGUUUUAUUACUUAAUUUUAUUA